AUGAACUGCAUGGAUGUAAAGAAGGAGAAUGUCCAGAGCAAUGAAAAAAACUUGAACGAAGCCCAAAACAUUGCAACUACGGAUGGAAACAAUAAAAAGGGGAACGAUGGCGACAUGAAGAGUAAUAACCCUGGAAACAACAGCGCGUCUAGAUCGUACAACCAGCAGGGAUUGACAAACAGCAAGCAGAGUAGCAACCCGCGAAAUAUGGGAAAUGAGUAUAAUAACCAGAGUAGCGGCUCAAGUUACAUGUCUAGGAAUGCAAAUAAAUCUAUCGAAAGCAACAGUUUUUCUUCCAUGAAUAAUAAGAGCCAUGUAAUACAGCAAGGAAACUGGAGGGCAAAUGAGUACGGCAAUUCACGAGGCUAUAGAAACAAUGUCUAUUACAGUAACGAAUUGAAUGCCAAUAGGAACAGCCCAGAAAGAUCCAAAUAUCAUUACAGUAAAAAUAUGAGCAGCUCGGAUAAUUCAAGGUAUGGUUAUGGCAGGUAUUAUAGCAGGAACAGUUAUAGUAAAAAUUCGUAUAGGAAUGACUCCGUUGUGAAGAAUGUAAGCUCCGUAACCAGUGCAAAGGGUGUGAACAAGAACAUUAACAAUAAUAGUAGUAACACAAAUAAUACUGUUAGUGUCAGUAGCGGUACGCCCUCAGCCAGUAGCAACAGCAUGAACAACCCGAACGGUGUGAAUAUCGCCAGUGUAGAUAACCACGCAAAUAAUGAAACAAUGCUGAACAAUCAGAACAAGGCGGAAAAAGCAAAUCAAAAUGAGUUCACAAAUGGGGAAGGAAAACUUAACAACAAUUUUAGCAACAUGAAUAAUAAGGACUUUUACGAAAUUGCAAAUAAGGAUAACCAGAUUACAAAGUCGAGCAUGCAAAGUGGUGACGGCACGGUUAACUAUGGCACUAGCCCAUAUGAUAGGAAGAAUAUGAACUACAGGAACAACCAGAACAGUGGGAAUUCUAAGAAUGAGGGCAAUAGUAGUGGCAUGCCUAGUAGAAAUAUCAGCGUGGAUGGAGCAAAUAAAAAUAGUUCGGCUGAAUUUAAUCCCAACCAGAAUUAUAACUCGACACAAGCGAAGUAUACUGCACUGAUGGAAAAUAAUGCGAAUUCGACUACUGCUAGGUUAAACAGUCCAUCUGGUAGCUUAAAUAACUCAUCAUUCUACAAACAGAAGUAUGAAAAUAACGCUCCCGUGAAUGGCGCUAAUCAAGGGAAGAAUGAAUAUCUGCCUUAUGCUGGGCAAGGGGCAAACAAUAAGUACUACGCACCGUACAGAGGAAGCAACAGUGGUAGUAAUGAUAGGGGAAGCGUGAGCAGGGUAAACUCACAGAGCGCCGUCUACAUGAGCUACAAUAACCAAAAUAAUAAGGGCAAUAUAUACAGUAGUGAAAAUGCCAACAGGAAUAGACUAAAUUAUGCCUUCAAUGCGAACGCCAGAAAUGUGGGUCAGAUGGGCACAAGCGGAAAUAAUGCAUAUCCCGAGAAGAGCAACCCUUCCGGUGUUAACCGAAACGGCAUGGAUGCAACAAAUAAUUCUUACCCACACUCUUCAGGGAACGCCAAUUUAAAUAAUCAGGAGACCUCUAAUGCGAACCACUUGAAUAACAUGCCUCCCACGGAUGAUGCAAAUUUUACCAAAAGGGAGUGUGAAAACGUGGAUAAUAAUAAUUACGCACCCCCUGUGAAAGAGGAAGGAGGCUACCCUUUUGAAAAUAAAACCGAUACCAACACGAAUGGAAAUUUUAACGCUCAGUCGGAUUUUGCUAACAAAGGAACAACAAGUACUUUCAACAAAGAAAGCGUGGUAACAAACCCAGGCGUAAAUAGUAAACCCAUUUGGACGAAUAACAGUGUGGCGAAUAGUAAGAACAUUCUUCCUGGAGGAGCAGGACUUGGGGGAAGCAUCAAUAAUAAGCCCAACAUGAUGAACAGUGCAGGGAGCCAAAAGCAUAACAAUGAGGAAGAGGAUAAUGAUGACUGGGGAGAAUUAGGGGAAGACAAAUAUAUAGACAUUAAUUCCAUUAUUAAAAAGAAGAAUGUUAUUCUGAAUCAGCUAGCUGAUAUGAAUAUGUCCAAAAAGGGAAACGACAAGAACAAGAAAAAGGGCAAGGGGAAGAAGGAUGAUGAACAACCGUUCUUCCUGCCAGGGGCAGAGGCGAGUACGUCACUUGGAGAGAAGAAAAAAAAAAAUAAAAAUAAGAAUAAAAAUGCAAAGGGGGGGGCUGGUAAUAAUAAGGAGAAAGAGAACGACAAAGGUGCGAAAAACGCCAAGGAUGCAAAGAAGGGAAAUACCUGCAGCGAAACGGAUAACAAAAUGAACGAAGUAACCGCAGCAGAUGAUCGAGCAAACGAAACGAAUGAUAAAGCCGUUAUGAAGGACAAAACGAAUGAAGUUGAUAAAAAUGAUGACCCACAGCAACAGCAAAAGGAGGAGAAAAAAGAAGUGACGGAAAAACCAGCCAAAGCUAUAUACGUAUUUAAGAGAAAAGAAAAUAUGUCCCCCCUGGAGUAUAUGGAAAGACAAGUAAAAAGUCUUCUGAACAAAUUAACGGUGGAAAACUUCCCAAUCAUUACAGAAAGGAUGUGCCAAAUUAUGGACUCACGAACCAAUACAGACGAACUUCAAACUGUUGUAAAUGAAGUUAUUAACAAAGCUGUUUUGGAACAUGACUGGUCAGAAAUGUACGCAGAUGUUUGUCAAGCGUUAAAAUGGAGAUCGCCAAAUUUUGAAAUGAAAAAAAAAUCCUCCUUCGAAAUUGCACUAUUAAAAAAAAUCCAAGAAGAAUAUGAAAAUUUACCAAGCACCUUCGAAUCGACCAUGAAGGAAAAAUUAAAAAAUGACGAAAAUGAAGAAGAGCUAAGUUUUGUGGAACAAAAACAAAAGAAAAGAUUAUUUGGAAUUGUAAAAUUGAUAGGAGAAUUAUUUCAAAGACAAAUUGUAUCCAUAUCGAUAGUAAUUAGCAUAGCACAUGAUUUAUUAAUUGCUUUUGAGGAACCAAAGGAAUACUGUAUUGAAGCUUUCCUUCAGCUAAUUUAUUCUACUGGAUUUUUUAUUGAUAAGAUGGAGAAAUAUAAGAACAUUUUAGAUACCUGGUUUGGUCGACUCAAAGAAUUGCAAAGAAAAAAAAUGUAUUCCAAAAGGAUAAAAUUUGUAAUACAAGAUGUUUUCGAUUUAAGAUUAUCCGAAUGGAGAAAGAAGACACAUAAAGAUACAGCCAAAGGAUUGAAUGAAUUGAGAUCCCAACUCGAGACGGAAGAAAUGAUGGGAGGAUCCAUUCAUUUGGCACAACUCGGAAAUAUUGUCAUUGUUGGGGAGAGACAUAAUAUCAGGAACAAUGAAUCCUACUGCAAGUACAUGCAGGAACAGGAGAGACUUAGCAAAGCAAACCAGAGAAAGUGA